GAGCUCUCGGGGGUGGUGAGGACGGGCCGCGCUGGCGGCCUUUCGCCUCCCGUGCGUGUUAGUUAAAGGACUUCCAGUUGUGAGCGUUCAGGGCCUCUGCCCCAGGCCAGAGCGCCCUUCCUUCGCCUGCCCCGUCGGGGGCUGCGCGGUCUGAAGCUUCUCGAGCGUCAGCGUUGUGUGGGAGGGUCGUGAGGAUGGGUCGAGGUAGGACCCUUGGGGACUCUCAGGCCAGACCUGUGUUGCGGCGGGCUGCUUUGCUGAGAAGCCGUAGCGGCGAAGGUGGUGUCGGGCCAGCCGUUCUGGGAUCGCGGCUUUCUCGGAAGGCUCGUUGGCACGUGUCCUUACCAUUUCAGAAAAAUGUUCGUUGGUGGCCUGAGCUGGGAUACCAGCAAAAAGGACCUGAAGGAUUAUUUUACCAAAUUUGGAGAGGUCGUUGACUGUACAAUAAAAAUGGAUCCCAACACUGGCCGGUCAAGAGGGUUUGGGUUUAUCCUCUUCAAGGAUGCAGCCAGUGUAGAGAAGGUCCUAGACCAGAAGGAACACAGGCUGGAUGGCCGUGUCAUUGACCCCAAAAAAGCCAUGGCCAUGAAGAAGGACCCUGUAAAGAAAAUUUUUGUGGGGGGUCUGAAUCCUGAAGCCACUGAGGAGAAGAUCAGGGAGUACUUUGGCGAGUUUGGGGAGAUCGAGGCCAUUGAGCUUCCAAUGGAUCCAAAGUCGAACAAAAGACGAGGGUUUGUUUUCAUCACCUUUAAAGAAGAGGAACCUGUGAAGAAAGUUCUGGAGAAGAAGUUCCACACCAUCAGUGGAAGUAAGUGUGAAAUCAAGGUGGCCCAGCCCAAAGAGGUCUAUCAGCAGCAGCAGUACGGCUCUGGGGGCCGUGGGAACCGCAACCGAGGGAACCGAGGCAGCGGUGGUGGUGGUGGAAGCGGAGGUCAGAGUCAGAGUUGGAAUCAGGGCUACGGCAGCUACUGGAACCAGGGCUACGGCUACCAGCAGGGCUACGGGCCCGGCUAUGGCGGCUACGACUACUCGCCCUAUGGCUAUUACGGCUACGGCCCCGGCUACGACUACAGUCAGGGUAGUACAAAUUACGGGAAGAGCCAGCGACGUGGCGGCCACCAGAAUAACUACAAGCCGUACUGAGGCUGCGGCAGGACGCGCCGCCGAGCGCGCGGUCGGGAUCGCGAGUGAACACGAUUAUGUACCAAAUCUCACCUGGCAUACUUUCUAUGGCCUGUCCCAUGUGCAUCUUAUUUAAAAUUUCCCCCUUGGAAAUCACUCUCCUGUUGACUAUUUCCGGAGCUCUAGUUGUUGUAGGCAGCGUGCGGGGUCCCUGAGGCCAGAGCGGCGUUAGGGUCACCCAGAGCCAGAGGGGAGGGGCUGCCUCCCGCGGCCGCUCCACAGCCUGGACCUGUGGACCCUGGUUGUAAAAAGAGUCAACUGUAUCUUAGGAAACCAGUGUCACCUUUUUUUCACCUUUUAAUUUUAUAUUAUUUGUGUCAUACAUUUCCUGUUAAUGGAAGUGUUAAUUUUACUGUACUUUUUGGUACCUUUUGGGAAUCUAAUGUAUUGUAAGGUAUUUUACACGUGUCCUGAUUUUGCCACGACCUGGAUAUUGAAGCUAUCCAAGCUUUUGAAAUAAAAAUUUAAAAACCCCCAAA